AUGUCGACGUUGAGAGCGCACAAGGCGGCAGUGACGUGCGUGGGGUUCCACAGCAGCGGGCUGUGGCUGUUUUCGGGCGACGACAAGGGCUGGGUGGUCUGGUGGGACCUGCUAUCCAAGCGGCCCAAGGCAAUAUGGCAGGCACAUGAUCUCGCCCUUCUUGCUGUGAAAUAUCUGGGCGGAACCGACAUGGAGGGCAUUGUGACCCACGGCCGCGACAACAAGCUCCGGGUCUGGCGGCUGGACCAGGAUCAGCUGUACAACACCCAGGUGUUGACCGAGUCCGCGUUGAAGGAGUCGUACCCGGCCCCCUGGCUCAUGCACAGCCAGGACGUGAACGCCCUGAAUUUCUGCCGGGUUGCCGUCUGGAAUUCUCCGGCAAUUGUGGCAGUGCCUGCGACUACUUCGUCGGAGAAGGUAGACGUUUACACAUUGAAGCCGUUUGGUCGGCCAGUAAAGGGCCUGGCUCCCCCAAGCGAGGGCGAGUUUGACGCAGAGACCCGCGGAAACGGCUUCGGAACGGUGAUGGCCAUUGAUCUCGGGGACCACGAGCUCGCAAUUGGGUUUGAAAGCGGCCAUAUCGCCCACUAUGAUAGUGACUCGCUUGUGUUUUUUGAAAAAGUUCACAAACAGCCCGUCCUCGAUGUCAAACUUCGCAACGGAACGAUCUGGACCUCGGGGGCAGACCGCCAGCUAGCACGAAUUCAAAAUGGUCAAAUUAAAGUACACAAACUAGAAACACGUGGAAUCAACAGCAUUGCUAUCAAUGAUGAGGCUACAAGUCUUGUCACUGCCGGCUGGGACGGCAUGGUGCGCGGAUUCUCAGCCCACGAUUUUAGCGAGCUCUGGUCGUUUAGAGGUGGUAGACAGGAUGGCGUCACGUGUCCGUUGGCGGGAAAGAUGGACGAGUAG